UGCGCGAAACCAAGCACUGCACAUACGUACUGAUGUUUACACGAAGAAUUUAAAUUAAUAAAGAUACUGGGUUACUUCUUUGAGACGGAAAUAUUUUUGAACUAGAAAAAGGAUGGAGUUCCCUGUGGAUGGCCUAGCUUGUGUGAGCCAAGAGGUCAUGGAGAGAUCUGCCCAGGAAUAUAUGAACAGCAUCCUUUACAGCAAUCCAGACUCACCGGAAUACUUGACCCUUGCAAAUAACACGCAGGUGCCCAUUAGUCUUUCCCACGUGGGGUUUACCCCUCUGUAUGGAAUCAGCUCAAGACAGAAGGUCCUCGCCCUAUUCUCCCCACAAGACCAGCUUAAAGUGGUUGGGCUGUACCUGCUGGAUAGAUGGUGGUCGCUGGAGGACAUUCUAAAAACCGCAGACCCUAACAGAGAUGGAUGUCUUGAGGUGAAGACUUUGGGGGAGAGGAUUGUUCUGUACAUUUUGAACCGUUUUGUGUACAGAGGAAACGAAAUGGAUUCAGAUGAGAUACCUUUCCUUUGCCAUGCGGAGAGCGACAAAGCCAAAAUUCUCUGGAAAGGUGGACAGGCAGCUGGCUUCUACUCUGUCAAACCUUCUGGCAGCUUGUGCAGUUCCUAUAUAACCCAGUGCUAUCAGCUUACUGUCAUGGACUCCAUAUUCGUAAGGAAGUGUCACCGAGGCAAUGGCCUGGGCCUUCAAAUGCUGGAGGAUUUUGUUGACAGUUUUAAAGAAGAGGACUGCCUUGGGUUGAAAGGAUCCCUUUCAAAAGCUAUGUAUAAAGUGUGUGAGAAGUUCUUGAGACUUUAUCCAGCUGACAGAGACCUGCUGUGGGAGGUGGAGAGUGUUGGCGGACCUAGCCAGAGGACCAACAUUGCCGACAAGAUCCAGACUAUGAACAUGUGUGUCUUAUCCAGGAACCUCUCCUUUACGGAGCACUCCAUGGAGAACCUUGAGGUGUCUGAAAAUGAGGUUGUCAUGGAUGAAGUGACUUUGCACAUAUCGGAACAGGACGCCAUGGAGUAUACAGUUGAAAUUCUGGAGGAAGUGACGUUGGUCAAAGACACAAAAGAGACUGAAGAAACACCGGUUACAACACAAAACAGGAGCAGUAGCCACAAACAAAAGGAAAUCUCAGAGAAAAGGCAGUUAGAGAAAGUCAUCAGGGUUGAGGAUAUUGAGGCCGAGACACCUAAGGCAGAAGAAACUGAAGCUGUUACUGUUGCUGAAUCCAACAAAGAGGAGUUAGCUAUCGAUGUUGUGGAAACAACAACAGAGAAUGAGCCUGGAUUGGAGAUUGGAGAAUAUCAUACAACAGAGACCAAGAUGCGUCAGACGUCCACUGUGUUGCUGGUGGACCUGGAGAAAACACAGCUACAAGAAAUUUCACAAGUGGAGAUCGAAAAUGUGGCCUCAGAGAUUGAGGAGGUAGAGAAGGCCCAGGAGGCUCCAAAUGAGGUCUUAGGAAGCUAUCACAAAGCCAAAGAAAAAGAAACGGAAGUACAAGAGGAUAAAGUAAUAGAGGAGAAACCAACUGUUAAGCAAUCUGUUGAAGGACAUGAGAAGCUCUUGCCACCUGAGAAAGUGGAGGCUCCAGUGGUAGACACAAGAUUACUGAGGAGAGGAAGAAAAAGCAUUCCAGCUACACUGACUGGUAAAUGUAAUUUCACAAAAAAAGGAAAACGGCCUUCUGAGGAAGAGGAGAAGGAAGAAGCUCCAGAUGCAAAAACAACAGCUCAGAGGAGUGGAAAGAAAUGUGUUCCAGGUAUUCCAACUACGGAAUGCAAGUCCAAGAGAUAUGCAAAAGGCAAACAUCCUCAGGAAGAGAAGGUAGAGAAGCCAGAGGAGAAAGCUGUGGAACCACAGAAACCAGUAGCAGAAGCCAAAGUUCUUAGGAGAGCUACUGCCACACCAAGACACAAAAUUCCACAAACCAACAAAGACCCUGAGAAUGAGAAGAAUGUGGCUGAACCUGUGUCAGAAGUGGAGGAGGAAGAAAAAUAUGUGAUUGAGGAAGAAAUUGAACAAGAGGAAGCAGAAGUGAAAAAUAGAUCAUUGGAAAAGAGUGUUGCAGAAGUUAAGAUAGAAGAAGUAAAAGAAGUGGAGGACAGAAAAACCGAGGACACUGAAAGGGAGGCAAAGAAACAGGUGGAAGUAGAAGAGGAAACAGUUGUUAAAAUUUCUGUAGAUAAACAAAACGAGGUAUUUGAAGGGACAGAGAAAGUCGAGGAAGACAAAGAGGCAACAGUAGUGGGAAUCGUUACAGAUGAAGUGCCAGAGUAUCCAGUUGAGGAACACACACUUGCACUAAAGAAAGCCACUGUGGUGGUAGAGGAGCUGAAGAAACCAACAAUCCGUUCAGCAAUGGAGAUCAAAAAUAAAAAAACUGAUGAAUUGACAGCGGGGGAACUAGUUGACAAAGUCCCUGAAAAACCUAUUGAGGAAGGGGAAAGGAUUGCCAGUAGAAAGGAUGCAAAAGCAGAGAGCCUUAAAGAGAUUGUCAAAGUUCCUCUAGUUGUGGAAACUAGGGCUUCAGCUUCAAGAAGCAGGACUAUAACCAUUACACCCAAACAAAAGUCCAUGCAAAUUGAGCCCUCAGUGGUUAACAAUGAACAGAAUACUGGAAAUGCCCAUAUAGACCUGGUGAAGGUACCUGAUGCUGCAACAGUGGAAAGUGUGGAAAAGGUGGUGAGAGAAGCAACAACUAAGAAAGAGAAAAUGAUGGAGAGGUUAAACCCUACAGACAAAGAACAGGUGGAAAUAUUAACAACCGAGGAAGAGAAAAAUGUGGAGGAAGAAAAGAAAGUGGUGGAAACAGAAGAGGAUAUCAUUGUUGAUCUAGCUGUAGAAAAAGUAAAAGAGGACACGGAAGAAAAAGGGGAAGAAGAUAAAGAGGCACCACUAUUUGAAAGAACUGAUAAUGAAAAAUUACAAAAACCAGUUCAGGGACCUGCCGAAGAAGUGUUGAAGAGCAUAACAUCUAAGGAAAAGAAUACCUCACUAGUUGAGGAAGAGACUUUACCACUUGAGGUGGAAAAGGGUCCAGUUAUAGGAAAAAGAGUCCUUCAAAGAGGAAGAAAAGGUGUUACUGGUGCCCUGUCUACGACCUGUAGGUCCACAAGAAGAGGCAAACAGUCUGAGGGAGAGAAGGUGGCAGUGGAAAAGGCAGCUGAGAAAGAAAAGGAACCAGCAGAAGCACGGACAACAAAAAGAAAACCAGGUCUUGCUGCUGCAAUUGCAAUACCAAAACGCAAAUUCAAACAAGCCCACAAAGAAUCUGAGGAAGCAGAGAUGGCUCAAGCUGUGCCAGAAUUGGUGGUUGAAAAAGUGGAGGAAAAUGAAGAGAUAGCUAAAGAAAAAACAGCUGCUGAAGAAAAGCUAGAUGAAAUAAAAGGAGUAGAAGACAAAGGUUCAACUGAGGAAUGGGACAAAUCGGAGGAAGCGAAAAAGGGGCAGGAAGCAGAAAAUAAAACAGUUAAAAAAGCUAUAAAAAAUCUAACAGAUGUUGAAGAGACAGAAAAGGUGGAUGAAGAGAAAGUAGAGGCAGUAGUGGGGGACAGUUAUGUAGAUGAAGUGUUAGAAAAGCAGUUUGAGGAACCUACCAAAGAACUGGUGAUAACCUUACCAAUUGAGGAAAACAAGGCUUUACAUACUGAGGAAGAGGAGAAGAUCUCACCACCAGAGGUGAAUGAAGAGGCAAUUAUAGUUCUUCAGAGGGGAAGAAAAUGUUUUCCGGUUGCCUCAACUUCAAAUCGCAUGUCCAGAAGAAGAGGCAAACAACAUGAGGAAGAGAAGGUGGCGGAACCAGAGGAGAAAGAGACAGCUGAGGAAGAAGAUUCACCAAAAGUGGAAACCAGAGUUCUUAGAAGAGGAAGAAAAUCUGCUCUUGCAGCAGCUACUGCCACACCUAGACACAAAUCCAGACAAGCCCAGAAAGAAUCUCAGAAAGACGUUAACACAGCUGAAACUUUGCCAGAUGCUGUGGAUGAGAAAUUUGAAGAAAAAAAGGUUGUGGGUAAGGAAAAGGUAGAAGAGGAAAGGGAAGCUGAAGCAGAUACUGCAGAAGUGGACGGGAAGAUUGUCACAGAAAAAAUGGUAGAAGUAAAAGCAGUGGAGCAGGAAGGAACAACUGAGGAUGAGGAAAAAGUGGAGGAACCGAAGGUGGAUGCAGAAAAGGAUAAACUUGUUGAAAUUGCUGUCAAAAAACAAGUUGAAGGGGAAGAAAUAAUGGCUAUUGGUGCAGAUGAAUUGCUAAAAAAGCCAGUGGAGGAACCUGCCAAGAAAGAGGAAAAUGGAGAGAGUGUUAGAACACAUCCACACAAGGUUCAGAAGGCCAAAGUGAUACUAGUGGACAUGAAAGAAAUAAUUUUACCAGUGGAGAUAGAAAACAUGGGUCAAAAAACGGAUGAAUUGACAAAAGAGAAAGUAGAUGGCAAAGCCCAGGAAAAUACUUUUGAGGCUGAGGAAGAAAAGGCUAUAUCAACCACAAGCCAAGUAGACAUGGAAGCAAAGAGCAUUGAGGAGGAUGUGGAAGCACCUCCAAUGGUGAAAACUGGUGCAUUGAGUGUAACAAAAACUGUUUCAGUAGCCACACCCAAACAAGAGUCCAUACAAGGCAAACACUCUGUGUAUUGUAAUGAACAGGUUGUAGAGACAGAGAAAACAAUCAAUGAAACCACAGUGAUGGUUGAGGAGGAAGCCUUAACUGAAACAGUGGAGAGUGUAAAGGAUGAAAAGGUGGGGGAGGCAAACCCCACAGAGGGAGAAAAUGUGGAGACUGCAACAACUGACCAACAGCAAAAUGUGGAGACUGCAACAACUGACCAACAGCAAAAUGUGGAGACUGCAACAACUGACAAACAGCAAAAUGUGGAGACUGCAACAACUGACAAACAGCAAAAUGUGGAGCAAGAGAAAAAAGAAGUUGAAGCAGAAAAGGAAACAGUUUUAGAUGCUGUAGAGGAACAAACACGGGAAGUUGUAGAGGCAGGAAAUGUGGAGGAAGAGAAAAGGCAGGUAACAGUGAUGGAAAUUGGUGCAAAUGAGGUAUUUGAAGAUUCUGUUGAGAAACCUGGCCUAGAGGUAGAGAAGAGAUUCCAAUUUGAGGAAGUGGAGAAGACUUCACCAUCUGAGGAAGAGAAGACCUCAACAGUUGAGGAAGAGGAGAGUACCUCAUCACCUGAGGAAGAGGAGAGGACCUCACCACCUGAGGAAGCGGAGAGGACCUCAUCACUUGUGGAAGAGAGAACCUCACCACCUGAGGAAGAGAGGACCUCACCACCUGAGGAAGAGAAGAUGACCUCACCACCUGAGGAAGAGAGGACCUCACCACUUGAGGAAGAGGAGAGGACCUUGCCACCUGAAGAAGAGAGGACCUCACCACCUGAGGAAGAGAAGAUGACCUCACCACCUGAGGAAGAGGAGAAGUCCUCACCAUCUGAUGAAGAGGAGAAGACCUCACCAUCUGAUGAAGAGGAGAAGACCUCACCAUCUGAUGAAGAGGAGAAGACCUCACCAUCUGAUGAAGAGGAGAAGACCUCACCAUCUGAUGAAGAGGAGAAAGCUUCACCAUCUGAGGAAGUAGAGAAAUCAUCACCACCUGAGGUAAAAGAAAAGGCACAAGUUGUAGAAACAAGAGCUCUUAGGAGAGGAAGAAAAAGUGUUCCUGUUGUCCUAACUUCAAAUCGCAAGUCCGCAAGAAGAGGCAAACAGCCUGAGGAGGAGAAAAGGGAGGUGGAGAAGCCAAAAACACAAGAGGCAGAUGAAGAAGAAGAAGAAGCACAAGAUCUGGAAACCAAAGUUCUGAGGUUAGGAAGAAAGUCAGCUUUUGGUGCCAUUACUGCCACACCCAGACAAAAGUACACAUUAGCCCACAAAGAACCCAAUAAAGAGACAGAGGAUAAGCCAGCUGAACCAAUGCCAGAAACUCUCUGGGAAAAAGUGGAGGAAGAAAAAGCAGCAGAUGAGGAAAAAGCUGAAGUGGAAUUGAAGAGCACUGCGGAACAAACGGGAGCAAUACAAACAAGACAGCAGGAAGAAAAAAAUGAGGAAGAUAGGAAAGAGGAAGAGAAGGAAGAGGUGGAAGCAGUAGAUGAAAGCGUUGUAAACAUAACGGUAGGAAAACCAACAGAGGCUGUUGAAGAUACAGACAAAGUGGAUGAAGACAAAAUCGAAACAACAGUAAUGGGAAUUGCUGCAGAUAAUCUGCUAGAAAAUCCAGUUCGGGAACAUGUUGAGUUAGAGGAUGACAAAAGUCUAAAAACACAAAAUCUCAAGCUGCAGAAGGCCACUGUGGUGCUGGUGGACCUGAAAAAAACAACAUUACAUCCACCAGUGCAGAUAGAAAAUGUGGACUGCAAAACUGAUGAAUUAACAGAGGAGGAUGUUGACAAUGAGACCCUGGUAAAAGCUGUUGAGAAAGAGAUGGCAAUAAAAACAAGUCAAGAGGAAAUGGGAGAAAAGUGUCUUGAGGAAGUUGUGGAUGGUACUCCAGUUGUGGAACAUAGACAAACAAGAAACAGGACAAAAACUGUUGCAGCAGUCACACCCCAACGAAAGUCCAUACAAAGCAAGCCAUCUGGGGACCAAAACAAAAAUAAUGCAGAGGUGGAAGAAUCAGGAAAUAAACCCACAGAGCUGGUGAAGGAAGCAUUAUCUGAAACUGUGGAGAGUGGAGAGAAAGAAAAGAUGGAGGGAGAAACAGCUGAGGAAGUGACAGACAAAGACAAGCAAGUGAAGAGUUCAGAAAAAAAUAUUGAGGAAGCUGACACUGCAAUAGUGGAAAAAGUUCAGAAAGAAAGGGUGGAUGAGAAGGCAUACCCCAUGGAUGAAAAAAAGGUAGAGAGAGAAACAACUGGAAAAGAGGAAAAGGUAGAGGAUGAAAAAAAAGAAGUGGAAGUAGAAUUAGCUGUUGAAAAACAAAAAGAUGAAGAGAAGCCUGUUGUUGACAAAGUUUUCAUAGUCUCCCCACCUGAGAAAAAGAUGGCAUCAUCUGAAGAGGAGAAGGAGAAGAUUUCACCACCUGAGGAUGGAGAAGAGUCAAGUGAAACAAGAGUCCUUACAAGAGGAAGGAAAAAAGUUCCUGCUGCCUUGACACAAAAAAGUUCCUGCUACCCUAAACGCAAGUCUACAAGAAUAGGCAAACAGCAUGAGGAAGUAGAGGUGGUGGAGCUAGAGGCUGAAGAAACACUAGCUCUUGCUGCAGCUACUGACACACCCUGUUGCAUAUCCACAAAAGCCCAAAAAGAACCGGAGGAAAAGGUGGACUGUCCUAAACCUGUGCCUGACAUGUUGGAAGACAAGGGAGCUAACUUAGAAAUUGCUUCAGUGGAAAAGGAGAAUGGUGCAGAAACAGUUGUGAUAGAACUCAAAGCAGUGGAGGAAAAAACAACUAAGAAAGAAAGAAAGGUGGAGAAUGAGAAGAAAGAGAAAGCUCAAGCUAAAACUUCAGCAGAAGAAGAGAAGAUUAUUGCAGAAGAGAAAGUGGAAGAGAAAGCAAAUGCAGUUGAGGAAAAAAUUGAUAAAGCAGCUUUAGUAGAAGAAGAAAAGAUGGAAGCUUUAGCUGAAAAUGUUGCGAGAGUAGAGGGAAAAGAGGGAGAUGUAGCCAUAGCUAAGGAAAAGGAAGAGAAGACAGCAGAGAUAUUGGAGGAAAUCAUUGAGCAAGCUGCAGUUACAGCUGGAAGUAUUACUGUGGAAGCAAAAGUGGUGCCUGCAAAAACCACAGAGGUGGAAGCAAUAACUGAGGAAGAGGGAAAAAUGGAGGGAGAGAAGAAAGAAGAAAAAGGUAUUGAAAAAGAUGUAGACAAGCCAGUUGGGGAAGCGGUGAAUACUUCACCAUCUAAGGAAAAAAUGGUGGAACAGGAGGUUCCAGUUAUAGAAACAAGAGUCCUGAGGAGAGGAAGGAAAAGCAUCCCAUCUAUUCCCACACCAAAAUGCAAGACCAGAAAAAGAGAGAAACAGCUGGAGGAAGAAACAAAAGAUAAGCCAGAAGAGCCAUCAAUAGUGGAAGGCGGACUUCUGAGGAAAGGAAGGAAAUCUGCAUAUGCCCCAACACCCAGACGUCAAUACAAACGACCCCGUAAACAACUAGAUGGGAAGGAAGAAAAUGUAGAUGAGGGGCCUAAACUUGUAAAGGAAGCUAUGGAGGAAAAAGCUGAUGGAGAAAAAUGUAUGGAGGAUGAAAACCUGAAGAAAGAAAAGAUAGAUGAGGCCGCAGCUAAGAGUGUGGAAAAAGGGGUUGAGGUGGCAGAAAUGAAAGAAAAAAAGUUGGAAGAAUCAACAUCUGACAAAGAUAAAGUGGAGGAAGAGAAUGAAGCUGCAGCUGGAACUCCACCAGCGGGAGAGGAAUUAGGACCAGAAGAAAAAGCUGAGGAGGUAGUGAAAGCUGUUGAGGAGGAAAGGUUGGAAGGGGCAACGCCUGAGGAAGAAGAGAAGGUGGAAGAAGCAUCAGCUGAGGUGGUUUUGGUAGAAGAUGCAGACAAAUUGGAGAAUGAUGUGGAAAGGGUUGCAGAUGAAGCAGUAGAAAAGAUUGGGGAAGAGGAGAAAGGAAUGUCAUCUAAGGAAGGAGAGGAUGCUCUUGUAGAAACAAGAGUCCUGAGGAGAGGAAGAAAAAGUGUUCCUGUUACUCCUACAAAGCGCAAGUCCUCACAAAAAUGCCAACAAGCUGAGGAGGAGGCGGAAAAGUUACCGGAGGUGGCUAAACGUAUGCUGGAUCCUGUGGAAGAAAAUUGGAAGGAAGCAACUGAGGGAGAGUUGGUACCAGUAUUGGAAACCAAAGUUCUUAGGAGAGGAAGAAAAUCUUCUAAUGCCACAUCCAAAUCCAAACGAGCCCGCAAAGAAACUGAGGAAGAGAAACAGGUGGAGUCUAAAAAUAUGGAAGAGGCAUCUCAAACUGUGCCAGAAGCAGUGGGAGACAAGGUAGAGGGAAGGGAUGCAGUUGAGGAAAUGGUGGGGCAGAAUAAUUUGGAUGUUGCAAUAGUGACGGACCAAGAAAACACUAAACUACAAUCAAACAGUGGUGCUAUUGAGGAGAAGAAAGUAGUAACCAUCCCAAAGCAGACAGUGAUUGAUAUGGCUGAGCAAACAGAGGAGAAUGAAGAUGAGAACACAAAGAUGAUAACUACAGAAAUAGCUAAAGAAAAAGAAGCAGGUGAAAUACAAGAAGUUGAAUCAGUAGAUGAGAAGGAACAAGAUGUCAUCGAGGUGGAAGAGGACGAGAUGGAGGAAGAACCAACAGAUAUUACCUUUUUGGAAGCAGUCAAAAAUGUCCAGGAAAAAACUGUUGAGAAAGAAGAGAACGCCAUAAUAACAAUAGCAAGCCAAGAAGAGGAAUCAGCAAAAAGCCCUAAUGAGAUUUCAGAAGUUCCUCCAUUUGUGGAAACCAGAGCUACAAGGAGCAGAACAACAUUUGCCACACCCAAACGAAAGUCCAUGAGAAAAAAGCCCCCUGUGGAUUAUAAUGAACAAGUUGCAGAGGAGGAGGAAACAGGAAGUGAACCUGUAGUGGAAAAAGAAAGGAAUAGUGUAGUGGAACAAGAAGCAGGCAUAGAAGAAGAGGAUGGGGAAAAGGAAAAAGCUGUGGAGUCUGAAGGUGCUGAUAACAAGGAGAUGGUGAAGCAGCCAGAGGAAUGUGGAACAGAGGAAGAGAAAGAAGAAAAGACUAAGAACAGUGGCAUGGACAAUAUAGAGAACAAUAAAAAUGAGGCUGAUAAUGAAUUUGACCAGGUUGGCCUUCAUUUAAAGUUAGCAGAGGAUGAAGAGGUGGAGCAGAAAAAUGAGGAGAUGGAGGAAGAGAAAAAUGCCACCGCUGAGUUGGAAAUUCUGAAGAGCUCUGAGGAAAUGGAGGAAAAGAAGGGUCCAGUGGUUUCGCGGGAGAGGUUAAGCUAUGCUAAGCCCAUAACAACACCCAAGCGUAAAUCUACAAGACACAGCCAAAUAGUCACACCCACACCUAGUGGGGUUGUGCUUUCUUCAGAUGAAGAGCCUGAAGACAGCCCUGCGGAGAAGAGAAACCUUCGGAUGAGAAAAAGUUUUCAACCAAGAACUAUCCGCAGGUCCAAGCGCAGCAAAACCUAGACUGCGGAGACAGCUUUUUUUCUUCCAAUUUUUUUUUUUUAAAUUAAGCUGUUUAGUGAAGAUUGCAUAUGUGACCAGAUAAAUUCCUUUUCUAAUUUCAGUAAAAGAAAAUGUUUUAUGUUACAUAUUUUAGGAUACUUUUCAAGAUAUAUUUUUUAUAUUUUGCAAACAUUUUGCAUAGAAAGUACAAAUACUAUUUUUGCAGAAUGAAGUCUUUAUUUUGAUAGUGGUGUAUGUUAACAUGAGUUUGAGUCGGGUCUGAGACAGGGUUCUUUUUAGUUUCUUAUACAUUUAUACAAAAACUGUUUCAACUUGCCCUUUCUCACAGCACACGUUAAACACACAGUCUGCUUUGACUCAACAAUUGUAACAAUAUGUGCGUCCUACAUUCAUUUUGGGACACACAUGCAACCCCAUUUCCAAAAAGUUAGGACGCUGCGUAAAAUGCAAAUAAAAACAGAAUGCAAUGAUGUGCAAAUAAU